AUGGAAAAUAAUAUACUUCAUGGUCUGCCAAUAAAAGAAAUACCAAAUAUAACUUUAGGGAAACAUAUAUUCGAUUGUCUACAUUCCAAUGGCGAACAUAUUGUGCAAAUAGAUGCUAAUACUAAUAGACACUACACCUGCAAGGAUAUCCUUGAGAAAAGCAUAAUAGUAUCUAAUGCUUUGAGGAAUUAUGAGAUCAACGUCGAAGACAGAAUUUCUAUUGCUGCGGAAAAUCAUCCAAAUUACAUGAUAGUAAUGUGUAGCUCAUUAUUCAUCGGAGCUACAUUUGCACCGCUGAACCCGGCAUAUACAGAAAGAGAAUUUAAACAUAUGUUGGAAAUUUAUCAACCACGAGUACUAUUUAUAUCUCGACGUACCGAAAAGAUUUUAGCGAAAAUUGCAUCUACUUUGAGCUGGAAUAUAAAAUUAAUAGAAUUGGACGACAAGUCUCUUGAUGAAAAUAUAAUAACAUUAAAGGAAAUUAUGGAGAAAUAUAGAAAUAUCAUGGAUCCCAAUACGUUUUUACCAAUACAAAUAGAUGACAACAGUAAGAAAAUGGCAGUUAUUUUCUGUUCCAGUGGUACAACGGGCUUUCCAAAGGGAGUGAUGUUAUCCCACAAAAAUUUAUUAGUUUUCAUGCAAACUGCAAACUAUCCAAGUUGUAUAAAUAUUCAACGUGGAGAACGAAUACUGAUUUUCUUGCCACUGUUUCACGGUUAUGCAUUUGGAAUGAUGAACAUAGCAAUAAGUUGUGGUGCAACUGUAUGCAUAAUGCGAAAUUUUGAUUUAGAAACGUUGCUCAAAUCCGUUGAACAAUAUAGAAUUACGAAUAUCCCGUUGGUUCCUCCAGUUUUAGUAACGCUUGCGAAACAUCCAAUGGUGUUAAAUUACGACUUCAGCAGC